GGCAAGCUAAGCGCGGCUACACAUAAAUAUAUUCCUUUCCCUCUCUUGUGCUCUUGGCAUCUCGUUGCUUUCGAGCACAAGGUCGUCAGAGGCCAGGUGUGGCAGCUUGGGCAGGAGAGGUCGAGCAGCAGCAGGCCGGUGCAGCUAGCAAUGGCGGCCAUUAUGGGCGUGAAGAAGGGUCUGCUGGUGCUGGCUCUUGGGCUCGCCAUGGCCGCUACCUCGUCGGCCGUCAUCUACAAGGUCGGCGACACCUCCGGGUGGACCAUCCUUGGCAACGUCAACUACACCGACUGGACUUCCAAGAAGAACUUCCGUGUCGGAGACACCAUAGAGUUCACGUACCCGCCGGGCAUCCACAACGUGCUGGAGGUGAAGAAGGCCGACUACGACAGCUGCACCAACUCGACGCCGAUCGCCACGCACAGCUCGGGCGACGACAAGAUCGUCAUCAAGAGCCCCGGCCACCGCUUCUUCAUCUGCGGCGUGCCCGGCCACUGCGCCGCGGGCCAGAAGCUCAACGUCCGCGUCCUCAAGACGCGCUCCUCUGACGCCCCUUCCCCGGCGCCCUCCGCGCGCUCAGCAGCAGGCUCGGCGGCGGCGACCCCCAGCCCCACCACCGAGACGACCGGCGCGUCGUCGGCCUCGGGCGGCAGCAGCACGCCCGACGCCACGACCGCGCCUGCGCCCAAUGCCAACGGCGCGGGGGUCGGUGCGGCAGGCCACCAGAACGUCGUCGUCGUCGUCGUCGCUAUGGCGGUGGCGGCGCUCGCCUCCAUGACGAUGCUACACUAGCUCACCACUCCCUAUCCUACAUAUUAUAUAUAGUGGUCUCGUGUGCAUUUGUCUAUAUGCGAUUUUUUUGGCCAUGAUGCCUGUGGAGGUUUUCGUUUCUUGUCUCUGUUGUUAGCUGCUGAUGUGGUGUGGUCGUGUGGAUUAUACAUAUUGUUGAGACGUUGUGUUUUCC